AGAAAUGGAUUGGCUGGAACCAAAUCAAAGUAUGAUACGAGUCCUACUCCUUGUGGCAAGUAAAUUAAAAGUACUAGAUCUCAGCAAUUGCGAAUACUUAAUGAGAACACCUGAUUUAUCCACGUUGGUAUCCUUGGAGAGAUUGAUCCUUGAAGACUGUCGCAACUUAAUUGCAAUUGACCCAUCCAUUGGUAAAUUAAAGCUCCUAACUACUUUGAACUUGAAGGGAUGUAAUUCUCUUCAAGAGUUACCUGAAGAAAUUGGAUGUCUACAAGCUUUGACAGAGAUUGUCAUGCCUAAUAUGCUACAUGAACUUCCGAGGACGUUCGGUAAUUUGCAGUCACUGUUGACCUUUGAUGUAUCAUAUAGGCUGAUUAGCAAACUGCCUUACUCAAUUGGAGGGCUAGUGAAACUUAGGCGGUUGAAUUUAUCUGGGUGUAUGAAGAUAGAGGAACUUCCAUACUCGUUCGGGGAGUUACAAUCCUUAGUCGAGUUGGAUUUGUCAUCGACAAGUUUGGGUUACUUACCCGAUUCAAUCGGCAAUCUAAAGCAAUUGAAAAUACUAAGGAUGACCCACAUAAGUCGGAUAACAAAAUUACCAAGUGUGAUUGGACUCAUGGAGAAGCUGGAAGAGUUAGAUGCUAGUAGAUGUUACAACUUGACUGGCAAAAUCACUAAUGAAAUUUGGAAAUUGUCUUGUUUGAGGAUCCUAGACUUGUCAUACACACUUUUAUCUAGCUUGCCCACCACAUUGAGCUACCUCUCUAAUCUGCAAAGACUUAAGUUGGAAUCAUGUCCUGAGCUUCAACAGUUGCCUAGGCUUCCCUCGACUUUGACUUGUCUAAAAUGGACCGCUGAUACUGAUAAAUUCUAUGAAGGCAUGCGAUUUGCGCAGGCGAGUGCUCUUCCCAGUAUUGAAGGUCCCCCAUUAAAGCUGCCGAGAGUAGAGUUGAGCAACACCAUGCAUGAUCGCCGCCUUCUCCGAUCUAGUUUUGAUUUUGAUUUUUUUGCCGGUCAAAACCUCCCGUCUAGUUUUGAUUUUGAUUUUGUUCCUGGUCAAAACCUCCCGUCUAGUUUAAGAGAGUUAGAACUUGGAAAUGUGACGAUUGAAUCGAGGAAUUUUUCCAAUUUGAAGAACUUGUCAACCUUGCGAUUAGCUAGUUGUGUGAUGUCGGGAUACAUUAGUUGGACUGAUGAACUGAUGCGUGGGCCUGAGUUGCUCCCAAAUGUACUUGAUCUGUCGCCCAUGACGAAUCUACAAGAGGUACAUUUGUUGGGAAUCUGGGAUUUAGUCGAGCUUGGCGGCCUUGAAGAAUUGGGAUCCCUUUGCUUCCUAUCGAUCGUGGACUGCAAUUCCAUGGAAAGGAUGUCAGACCUAUCGAAAUUGAGAAAGCUAAGGAAGCUCAGAGUAGGAAAAUGUCCAAAGCUAAGAAGCGUGGAAGGUCUCAACCACUUGGAAUCUUUACAGAAGUUGUGGAUUCACGAUUGCAGGUGGUUGGAGAGUUUGGCUGCCACCUCAGAUUUGCAUUUAGAAUGUUCCACAAUUGAACGUUGUGAGCGGUUGCGCAACCGUAACAGUUAUUGUAGAUGUCAUGAUAACAGAGACUCUGUGGAAACUGAACUCGACCACGCUGGGUAUUUUUGA